GGCUCAAGGGAACCUCCAUCGUCCUCCCCCAGUGGCUCAAGGCCAGUCGCCCCAUGAUGUCCAUGGAGGCCCCUUGCCCGCUGCGCGACCGGCUUGCUAGAAGCCUGCGCGGCUGCGACGCCGACCUCGGCAGCCCCCUCGCGCGCGGCCUCUUCGCGAACCGCGCCUACGCGCCCGCCGGCGUCGUCGAGGAGGGGCCCGUGGACUAUGAGGCUCUCGCAGGCUGGCUGCUGGGCCACCACGAGACUGGUACGCCGCCCGGCAAAGCGGCCGCGGCCCCGCUGGAGACGCCGCGGGUAGUGCGGCUGAACGUUGGAGGCUGCCUCUUCGCCACGAGAUCCUCGACGCUGGCCAAGGCCCCGCCCGGCUCCCUGCUGAGGGGGCUGCCCCUCGGGCCCCCGGACGGCUCCGGCUGCUACUACAUCUGCCGCGACGGGGGCCUCUUCGCCUACGUCCUGAACUUCCUGCGCGACAGCGACCACUUCGCGGUGCCCACGGACCUCGCGGAGCGCCAGGGCCUGUACCGGGAGGCCUGCCACUACGGGCUCACGGGCCUCGCGCGCGCCGUGCAGGGCGCGGGCUGCUGCCAGGGGGCGCCCUGCUCGCGAGUCCAGCAGGGUCAGCCGGGCGGGAUGGUGGAGAGCUCCGACGCCGAGCGCGCGGGGGCGGCUCGGCUCGACUGCUUGACCGCGACCGCGAAGUUUCUCCUCGACAUGCCCGCGGCCAUGAUCUCCCUCUCGGACGACGACCCGCGGAGGUCCAGCCAGGGGUGCAGGCUGAGCUGCGCCGUGGCGCCGCGGAGCACGGUCGACAGCGCGCUUGGCUCCCUGCCGCAGGACCUGGAGGUGCUGGUCAUCGAGGAUACUGACGCCGACCCGCGGACACGAGGCAACCCGCCCGUCGUGGAAGGGCGGAGGAUCAGGUUCUACGCGGGGUGCCCCCUGGUGGCGCACGAUGGCUCCAGGCUGGGUGCCCUGUGCGUGACCGACCACGCGCCCCGCAAGCUGAUGCAGUGGCAGUGCCAGCUCCUCGUGAGCCUCAGCUACCUCGCCGUCCAGGAGCUGCAGCGGGCCGACCUGGAGAGGGCCAGGCGCCCCCUGGGCGGCUGCCGCACGAUCGACGAGCUGGUCCCGACCCCCGCCAGCAGCAGCAGCGGCAGCGCUGCGCGGCUGGAAGCCCUCCGCCGCUCCCGCGACGGCCCCGCGCCGGGCCCCACGAGCUGCGCCUCCGGGGCGCUGCGUCUCACCAGGAUGCGUGAGGCCAUCAAGGAGAUGGUCUGCCUGGUGCAGGUGAGCUGGGGCAGCAUGCACUGGCCGCUCCUGUACGCCAACCAGCCGUGCUCCGACCUCUUGGACUUCCAGGUGCCCCCCAUGGACUUCGCCCUCGAGCUGGACAAACCCGGCCGCCCCGACGAGCUGGGGGACCGGCCUGGCUUCUGGGACCGCCUCGCCCUCGACGCGGGCGCGGAGAAGGAGGCGCUCCUGCAGUGCGUGCGCGCCGCCUGGGAGGCGCAGUCGCUGCCGCACGUCUUCGGCCUUACGGCGGCGGCCGCCCCCAGCGGCGGCCGAGGGGCUCGGCAGGUCUCGUGCCGCUUCGCGCCCGUGCAGGAGCUCAGAG